AUGGUGAUUGACGAUAGAGAGCAAGAAAGGAAAACUGAUGCUAGGUACGAAGUGUGUAGAAAAACAAUCACGAGAUUAUGGAAAGAAGUUCAUAAGCAAAAGAAAAACAACAACACAGCCAUCAACCUUAACAACAAGAGGAUUGGGAGACAAGCACCCAACAAAAUCCAAUUUGAGGAUGAGAAGUUCAAGUCCAUCAAAUUUGAACUAAAAGGCACUCAACAUUCAGUGGCAAAGCAAAUAGAAGUAUCACAGUCAACAAUAUCUAGGUGGAAGAAGGACAUAGUUAUUAGAAAGCAUACAAACGCAAUCAAACACACACUGAAUGAUAACAACAAACUACACAGGUUAAGUUUUGCAUUAUCUAAGUUGCAAUAUGAGGAACACAUUGAUUAUUUCAAGUUUAAGCCACAUAAUAACAUUGUUCAUAUUGAUGAAAAACACUUUUAUCUAACUCGGGAAUUGCAGACUUACUACUUAGGACCGGGUGAAGUGGAACCACAUAGGGAAUGGAUAUGGCCUUUUAUUACUCAAGAGCCUGCGAAAAGGAGCUCAAAGAACAGAAAGAGGGGGGAAUUAGAGACCAAAUCAAUACAAUCAAUAACCAAAGAGCACAUGAGAUCAAUCCUCAUCACUAAUGUCCUACCCACCAUAAGAGCUAAGUGGCCACACGGAAUGUCAAAGCACAUUUUUAUUCAACAGGAUAAUGCAAAGCCGCACAUAGCACACAAUGACAAUGAAUUUAUGGAGGAGGCACUGAACGAUGAUUUUUUACAACAACCACCAAAUUCUCAUGACAUGAAUGUACUAGACCUAGAUUUCUUUAGGUCAAUUCAGGCUUUAUUUGUUUUCAUAACACUACAAGCAUGCAUGAUUGAGACUAGUGAUGGCCACAGAGCGAGUUACCCGGAACCGAAACCGUUCGCGACAAGUUCCGAACCGGGGAACCGUGAAACCACCGGAAAAAAACUGCCUGAACCGGACCUAAGAACCGCGGGCCGCAACCGAAAUCGGUCCAGGUGA